AUGGAGGUCAAUAUCCUUCAAUUCCUUCCUUCACAACCACCUCCAUUAACCAUCCCUACCCACUCAAACCGUUCAACACUAGCACCACCACCAACUACAGCAAGAACAGAGACUCAUUUUUUCUUACUUCGCCGGAGACGAUCUUUGAGGCUCAAUGCAACCAACAGCAGCACCAGCAGUGACGAGAAGACACCACCAGUUCAACCACCAACCGUUACACCACCAGAUACGGUGGAAAUCAGAUUUAAAAGAGGGUCAAGGAGGCGAACCAGGCAACAAAAAGAGGGCGAUGGUGUUGGAGUUUCGCAAUCUGUAAAGGUAAAAGCUUCUGCUCCAAAGAAGUGGGAAGAUAUGAGCCUUUCCGAGAAGGCUGUUGAACUGUACGUGGGAGAGAAGGGUAUGCUGUUUUGGCUCAACAAAUUCGCUUAUGCUUCCAUUUUCAUCGUGAUCGGAGGUUGGAUACUUUUCCGGUUUGUCGGGCCUGCUCUCAAUCUUUACCAGUUGGACACCGCUCCACUGUCCCCUUCCUCCAUAUUAAAGGGUUCAUAA